UACAUAGGCCUAUAUUGAACUACAAACUCUAAAGGUUUCGUUUGCAGUUGACAAACAACAAAGAAGGGAUAAAUUUUUUCUCUUCAACCCUCCAAUCUACAAUUUCGAUGAUAUAUCACUGCCUAACGAUUAUAGGCGCUAAAAAGGUAUAGAAUAAUUAAAAAGAGAUUAUGGAUAGCCAGAGAACCGUUUAAAUUGAAAAAACUUGUACUUUUGUCUUCUUUUUUUAACUUCUAGAUUGUUCGUUUCAAAUGACGCAUUCCAAUAGAUUUUAUAUUCUUUUCAUUUCUUUUUUUUUAAAUCAACAGCAGAUAUAGAGAGGAUCAGUCAAUAAUGAAGAAAGUUGUCAACAUUCCAGUACCUAGUGGUAUACACGCUUAUCAAGUUGUCUCCCUCUGGGAUUCAAUCGUACCUGACGAACUGGUUGGAGUUGAUGUUAGGCCGUUAGACGAUGGAGUUGAAUGGCUAGUUAGCUUUUGGAUUGAAAAGGAGAUGAAGACUGUUGUAUCGAGAUUAGUUAAAAAUAUUAUUGAGAUUUUUGAAAAUGACAUUGGAAUUAUUAUUCGAAAGAUACCAAUAGGAAAAUUUGAAUAUGUGACAAGUGAAACAAAACUGAAGGAAGAGUUGACAAAUGUUACAAUAACUCCCCUAAGCGAUAUACGAAGGAAUGAAAUAGUAAUCGUUGGAAAACGACAAGACAUUCACAAAGCUUUGGAGCAUAUUCAUGAGAUUUUAGAAAAAAAUCGUUGAUUUUUUCUUUUAAACAGUUCUCUCUCUCCCUCGCUCCUCUCUCUCUCUCUCUCUCUCUCUCUCUCUCUCUCUCUC